UUAUUACCUUUUGUUUUUCUUUAGGUACUGUACGUUACAGUAAAAACAAAUAUGAUUGAGCACUUGGUCGUUGAUUCUGGUGCGUUUUUAAAGAAUGCGGAUCUGCGCUCGCUCGGAGAAAACAUCUACACUUGCCAAGAAGUAAUAGCAGAAAUUAAAGACAAAGCCACUAAACAACGACUUUCCGUCUUGGGGUAUGAACUAAAAUUUAAACAACCGUCACCUAAAUCUAUUUUGUGUGUUACGGAGGCCUCUAAGAAAACGGGAGAUUAUACCAGCCUGUCACACACUGAUAUACUUGUUUUAGCUCUUACAUAUGAGCUCACAUGUUUACAUGAAGGAUGUGAAAAAGUAAAACAGCCUGAACCUGUAAGAGGUGUAAUUCAAAUGGGUAAUUCUUUAAAACAAGACAUCCAGUUACCUGGUUUUUAUUUGCCAAAAAAUAAAGAUUCCUCUGAUGUUGAACCUAAUUAUAAUAUUUCGGAAGAAAUUCAAAGCUUAAAAGACCUAGAAACUAAGGUUACAAAAGAAAUUGAAAUCCUUGACUUGGACAAAGAUGAAAAUGACACAAGUGAUUUACAUGAUGAGGAAAAUGAAGAGGAAAGUGAUGAAGAAGGAUGGAUCACUCCUUCUACUCUCAGAGAGAUGAAAGAUCUCCAGGAAGACAAAGAUGAGGGAGUUAAAAAGGAUGUAAAAGUUGGAUGCAUCACAACAGAUUUUGCCAUGCAGAAUGUGCUCCUGCAGAUGAAAAUGCAUGUUGUUGCUGUGGAUGGUUUACUGGUGAAAACAGUGAGAAGUUAUGUUCUGAGAUGCCAUGCUUGUUUUAAUAUAACAAAAAUAAUGACAAAGGUCUUCUGCCCGAAGUGUGGAAAUAAAACUCUUAAAAGGGUUCCAGUAGAAGUACAACCAGAUGGUACUUUAAAGCUUUUUUUUUCCAGAAACCCAAAGGUUCUUAAUCCAAGAGGAUUGCGAUACUCGCUUCCAAUGCCCCAAGGAGGUAAACACUCCAACAAUCCAAUGUUGUGCGAAGAUCAGGUUUUUCCACAUGACAGGCCAAGCAAGAAAGCAUUGCAGAAUACCAAUGUGUGGAAAGAUGAUUAUGAUUGCUCUGUUUCACCUUUUGCGGAAAAUGAAAUCACCAGCAGAGCUUUCAGGCUCGGCAUACGGACAGGAGGCAACAAUAGAGGGCGAAAGAGCAACCCUAAUGCUGUAGGAAGAAAAUUUGUGAAGUCGAGACGUUAAAACUGCAUGCUAAUAAAAUUUAACCAGUGCUGAAACAUUUGUUAAAAUAUAAAGCAGAGAUUACAUGUA